UUCACUGCUCUCCAAAAACCUUCGUUUGAUUUUUUUCAUUCACUGCCUGAGUUUAAUAAUUAAUUCAAGUUUAUAAGGAAUUAUGUAUUUUAGUUGAAUCGUUUCCGAGGAUCGAUAUUUUCGAUGGCAGUAGUUCUUCUGAGGCAUGCCUCCAAGUGCUGGACGGAUAAUAAAUUCAAGCUGUUCAAAUGUGUGAAUAACAAUCGAACCGGUGCAGCAACUAUAUCAUCAUCAGUCAGCAAUUAUGCAUAUUUUAAACGUUUCAAAACCAAAGAAGUUUCAGGACCAGUUAUUGGUAUCGAUCUCGGUACCACUAACUCCUGCGUUGCUGUAAUGGAAGGAAAACAGGCUAAGGUUGUCGAAAAUGCCGAAGGAUUUCAUACCACUCCCUCAGUUGUUGCAUUUACUAAAGAUGGUAUAAGGUUGGUCGGUUCUCCUGCUAAGCGACAAGCUGUUACCUUUGCCCCUAACAUGUUUUAUGCUACUAAGUGUUUGAUUGGUAGACGUUUCGAUGAUGCUGAAGUCAUCAAUAAUGUAGAAUUCGCGUUAUUCGAAUAACGAAAUCAUUAAAUAAAAUAUUAUUAAUCGUAUAUUUACAUAAUAACGAACGCAUUACAUAUUCGGAUAUUAAUGUGUCGUAAGUAAGAGAUAAAGAUAAAUGCCGUAAACGAGGCGGCUAUAACGUUGCAACGUAAAUGCAACGUUGUCAGAUUUGGUUCAUUCGAACCGAACGUGGAUACACUACAGUCUUCCCGGUGGCGAAAUGAAAUAAAUGUUUCAUUUAUUUAAGACGUAAUCGUUGAACUUCGAAGGGAUUCGAAUUUCGCGCUUCGGGCGACCAAUUGUAGUGUCCUGGACUCUUGGACUCGAAUGUUCAGUUGAGCUCGAUGGUGCAGCUGGACUGCUCACAUAUCCCGACGGUUCCGGCGGCGGAUCGUUACUUCGUAUUUCAGGGAUCUCAACGGCGGCAGGUUGAGGAGUCACGCUCGACUGAAAUUCUUUGAGAUGAGAACUAUUUCGAGUAUAGGUACGACCUCCUUUACUGAUGUCGACCUCGGUACCUCGAGUUGCUACGACUGUCGCUGGCUCUGGGUCGAAACUUGGCGUGAGCUUGUUCGUUUUCUGCUCGUUUCGGACUAAGACCUGUUGACCUGGUACGAACCGGGUGGCGUGACGACUAUCGUUGGCGUAUAUUUGACCCUUGUAUUUCCGUAGAUUUUCUCUAUCUUCCAUCUCGGGAUCGGCUUGAUAGUUUUGAAUCGAUGGAAUUUGGUCACGUGGGCGGAAACGAAACACCAACUCGGCAGGAGCUACUCCAGUUGCGUGAUUAGGAGUAUUUCGCAUCAUGAGUAGAAAUUUCUGGAUUUCGUUUCUCCAAUCCUUCCCCUCGAUUUGAGCAAUUUUCAGGGUCUUGAGGAUGUUUCGGUUUUGUCUUUCUACGGCUCCGUUGGACUGCGGCCAAAACGGU